GCCGCGUCCGAGGGGUGCAGCUCAGCGUUGUGGAGCAGAAAGAACACUCUAAGGGCUCUCCUGACAUUGACAGUCGACGAUUUAAAACCCCGCUAGAAUUUUCACUGUAUAUAUACCUUGUUUCCUGGGUCCACGGGAAGCAUGAGCCUGUUGGGACUUGGGACAAGAAGAAAACAAGACAUCUGCACAAGGAAAACCAGACACUAACAAAAAGUAUCCCAAAGUCUGAAGAGAUAAAACGCAAACAUGACCGACAGAGGACUUAGGGAUCCUCCAGAGGACCCUCAAAAGGAUUUGGAAAAUGAUCCAUCAAUAAAUUGUCAGGCACAGGAGACUACAGUGACAGCAAGUCCCACUGAAGAAGCUCAGACCCCAAACCCUGCCUCUGGUCUUAACAAAGACCACCAAGAGGUAGCAUCAGUUGGUCCAGGAAGUACAGAUACAGAUGAUCAAUCAGAAAGUCCAGAUGAAACAGAUGAUAGGAAAUAUCCAAAGGAUACAGAAGGUGAGAACAGCCAGAGUUUCCAGGGUGGAGAACAAGGGCAUCCGCUCCCUUCAGAAAGUCUGGGUGAAGACCUCUUGGAUCCAGAACCCAACUGUUCUCCAAGUGACAAGGUGGGAAGAACAGACGCACACUUAGUGAGCAGCUCUGCAGCCCUCCCUGAGCAUGUGAGCGACAGACCCGGAGCUUUGCAGGAGCCACCUGUCCUUGACCCUCAGGAUACCCAGAGUCCUGGGCAUUCUAGUGCAGGGCUGGAGAGCCAGGACACACUGAGGAAGCGACUGCCGGCACCAGAGGUUGAGAGACAUCAACAAGAAACACAAAAAUUGGAAGGAAACAAGGAGAAUGUACAGGAUACCAUAAGGAAGAUUAAUAAAAAGGAUUUUCGGAGCUAUGGCUCCAUCUUUCUUGGCUUCCUGGUUCUGAUUCUUGUUUUGCUAAGUUCUGUUAGUAGCUAUUAUUCCUGUCCGGCCCAGCAAGUGCCCAAAAAUCCAGCUUUGGAGGCCUUCUUGGUUCAUUUCAGCCAUUUGAAGGAUAAAUUUCCAGGCCAGAGUUCCUUUCUGUGGCAGAGAGGACGUAAGUUUCUCCAGAAGCACCUCAAUGCUUCACACCCCACUGAGCCAGCCACCAUCAUAUUUACAGCAGCUCAAGAGGGAAGAGAGACCCUGAAGUGCCUCAGCCACCACAUUGCGGAUGCCUACACAUCUGCCCAGAAAGUCUCUGCCAUUCAGAUUGAUGGAGCUGGAAAAACCUUUCAGGACAGUGAUAAGGUCAAGGAGUCAGUUGACAAGAAGCUGAGCUCUGGAUUUGAGAAGGGCCAGAAGGCUGCUGUGGUCCACCGCUUUGAAUCCCUUCCUGCAGGCUCCACCUUGAUCUUCUACAAGUAUUGUGACCAUGAGAACGCUGCCUUUAAAGAUGUGGCCCUGGUCCUGACCAUCCUACUGGAGGAGGAAACAUUAGAAGCAAGUGUCAGCCCAAGGGAAACUGAAGAGAAAGUGCGAGAUUUACUUUGGGCGAGGUUUACCAACUCUAACACUCCCAGCUCCUUCCGCCACAUGGAUUCAGACAAACUGAGUGGACUGUGGAGCCGUAUUUCCCACCUGGUGCUGCCUGUCCAGCCAGUGAGGAGCAUAGAAGAACAGGGCUGCUUUCUAUAAGCUAAGCACAGAGUUGGUUAUGUUCAGCAUGGGUUUAUUAAAAAGUCAGUUUAAAAGCCUUCCAUUUAUAUGGAAGGAGGUUGACGAAUGUGAGGAAAUAGCCUGGAAAGCACAAAUGAGCUUAUUUGAGAAAAGAAAUUUUCAUUUUUUACUUUUUGUAAAAUCUUUCUAAUCUAAGCUUGACAAAGCUAAAAGUUGACCUGACUUUUUUUCCUUGCCUUUCAAGCAAAUCAGGUAUAUAUAACUGAGGAAUGUUCUUCAAUCCAAAAGUAGAGCAACAGAAUCAUUACAUGGGAAGAUAAUCUUCUCAGUAACUACAGAGUGAUUUUUGUUUUCUUGAGGCUCUAAGGAGCCUUUUGGAUAGUAUUUGGACUCAGAUUAAAGCAAUUACAAUUAUAAAACUGAAAAUUUAAAAAAAAUUUCUAUCACAUGUUAAAUAUUUUUAAAAUUCAUUUUAAUAACCUAGUUGUGGGAUUACAUCUUAUGCUUUUUUGCACUUUUGAAUAGUAUGAAAAAGGAAAUAAGAAUUCAAAUACUUAUUUACCUAAAUACUAUAUGUAAGGCACUGUGUUUUUGUUCCGUUAAUGAGCUCUGAGGGAAAAGCAGCUGUGCUCAAGAAGUGUUCUUAAAAAUUGAAAACAAUGGAGGAAUUGUUUAUAAUCACUGCAAAUGAAGAAAUUCCAAUUGGCUGUGUCUUCGCUUCAAUUUUCUUGAAUGAUUUACAGCAGUGGUUUUCAGGCUGUCUACUGGCACCCCCCCCCCCUUUGUAUCAAAGAAGUUCUUCUUUUUCCCAUUUUAUAUAUUGGGCUCCCCCCGUAAGAUUUAAUUGGAUUUAAUUGGAAUAAAGAGUUCCACUAAUAAUGAAGUUUGAAAAUCACUGAUUAAGUGAAAAAGCAUCUUGGAAGAUAGGAAAAAAAUGAAAAUAUUAAAACUCAUGAGUAGGUUGAAAAUAAAAUACAGGUUUAUCAAGAGACAUGCUAUUUAUGAAGAAUGAAGACUUAUAGAUGAAUAGCAGAAUGUAUAAACUAGUAUUUACUAGCAUAUUUCUAUGCUUUUGGUUAAUCUCUGUUAUCAUUUCUGUCUCCCCUGAAUGGAAUUUUAUUAUUGUCUACAAUGAGAGUUUGAGUGCUUUAAGCAGAACAGAUUUUAAUAACCAGUUGAAUCAUAGAUUUUUAUAUAGGUACAUUAGCAUAACUUUACCAUACUGUUUACUUAUUAUACAGUGAUGGAACGUUUAUCUAAUGCAGUUCAUUUCUUGGCCAGCUAGUUAGAAGUAUGAUUAGGUUAACAAUUAGAAAAAUGCAAGAGAUGCUAUACUUAGUGAGAGGAAGUGGAAAUGGUAGAUAGAUUCUAAGAGGUUUUAACAGCUAGUAUUAAUUGUUGGACCAUGUUCUGUGAUUGUAAGAAAGCUUGAGAAAGAUGUUUAUGGAGACAGUGAUUGUUGAUUUGCAUCUCAACCCCGAAGGCAGAACUUUAGUAAAAUGAUCUUGACCUAAUGAAGGAUUUGUCCCAUUACAUGGCAUACCUAGGAACUAUCACCAUGAACCUGGAAUAUUUCAGUUACGUUUUGGCCUCUGAAGUCAUGUGACUAAAUUAUGGAAGGAUUUUCGGAAACAGUAAGAAGAUAUAGGGGUCUUUGUUGAUGCCUAAACAGAGAGCAUAAAGACAUGGGGGGAAGAAUCUAUUUGAAAGUGUUUGUCACAGGAAAAACAGAUAUGUUCUAACCAAGACCUGACAUUGUGCUCAAUUGAACGUAAGGCCAUACCUAAAGGAACUGUUUUCAUUUGGGACUUUGUGAAGGACUCUUCCGCUAGAUUUGAGGAGAGACCUUCCUGAACAAAAAGUUAAAGCAUAGUGAAUAUAUCAAUCCAAUUUAAAAUCAGUGGAAAUUGAAGAAAAAUCUGUAUGCCAUAUUCAAUAUUUUUUGAUAUUUCUGGAUCUCAGAUGCUAGCAUUACAUCACACAAAACCAUUGGUGCCUUGUAGAACUGGUGCCUGCUGACCUGUGCUACCUCAGAUUUAUAAAGAACCAGUAUGAAGUGUGCACAUCUAAUCUGUCAGUGACUCAGAUCACAGCUGAGACAAAGAUGGUUUCGUCAUUCAGUUGAAUAUGGUUUUUCAUCAUUUCCUUUCAGUAUAAUUUAGAAAAUAUUUCCAAAUGUCACAAUUUUUUUUUUUUACUGUUCAGCCUUUGUUAAAAAAACAUGUCUCCUUCCAUGUAUAAGUGCAAUCAACUGAAACUGUUGUCAGUUUUCUGUCCACUAUUUCAAAAAUCAUUUUUAAAAGAAGCAGUAUAUUAGCUCUGUGUCCUCAAGAAUAAAAUGAUUAUUCUUAAAGCAUAAAACUUUAUAUUUUUUAAAUGUACAAAUAAAAUCUAUUAUCUAAUGUACCCUUAGGUUAAUUUUUAUUCAAUUGUACCUAUUUUUUUUACAUUUUUCAAGUUUCUAAAUUUUCUUUUGUGUGUCUAGUAGUUCAUCUUUCAUUACUAUAAUAGAUAGUUUGCUUGUUUGACUUAGAACAAUGACUUGUGGGCAUUUGAUACGAUAUAUGAUACCCAAACAUCACCAUUUAAUUAUUAUCAUAGAACAACUCUAAUUAUGUUAUAUAUUAAUAUAAAUCACUUCUUGAGUGAUACCAGAGUUCUAGAACCAACUGGUAGAAUUAUAAACUGUCUCUCGACUUGAGUUUUUUCCCCUGUGGGGUAAAUUUUAGGUUUCCCAGUUAGCUCCCAAGCAAUGCUGUUGUUUCUACUUCUAAUUUUUAAAUCAAUAAAGUAAUUUAAAUAUAUUUCAUUUGAAAGCUGCCAAGCUUAUGUGGUAAGGUUCAGCAGGCCUGUGACCCACCAUCCUCCAGGUAAUGACACAGUUGAACAGUGUUAGCAGCUGAGGUGGUUUUGACCCUUUCACAGUUUUUGUUUGUUUUAUACAGGAAACAUAAGGAGCAUUGAUGAUAAAAUAUAACAAAUUCAGCAUGUAAAAGUGAUACUAAUUCAGCAAGAUGAUCUUCUCUGGGACUAUAUUUGCAUACAUCUGACCAGUUUCUAUGCAGCAUAGUCAGGUGUCUAGUACUUCAAAAAGUAAUGUUAAGCAGAAGAUAUAAUCAUUAUAGCUGAUUAUCAUUUAUUGGGAAUAAAGCUUAUAUCCAUACACAGUUUAUUUGUAGAGAAGUACUUUCAAAUAGGAACAUGAUACCUUUUUUCUUUUAUCAUCUGAAAAUAAAAUCUAACAAUUAUAAAAAUAAACCAAGACAUCUUUGUAAAGCCCUCAAUAUGUCAUUUUAUAAAAGCAGUUUUAGUCUGCUUUUCAUGUUGAAUGUAUGGUUAAAUAUUAAUCUUUAAUAUUUUGUCCACCAAUCUGAGCAUAAUAUAUUUCAUUUUGAAAUUUGUUGAAAAGUUAGUGGUUCUGUUUUCUCUUGUUUUUGUUUUUUUCAAAAAUUAAAGUACCUUUAACACUAUCACUUGUUCAAUGGGAAUGUUGAUGUUUGUCUUUAUAUAUGUAUUGUGAAUAUUAAUGAUUAUGAAUCACUAUCAUACUCCAUAGAAAUAUGAUGAAAUGAUUAUUCUAAAAUAUUUCUAAGGGUAUCUAUGAGAUUAUGAAAUACUGAGGCUUAUGAGUCACGUGGGAAAUACUUGCUAUGAAUAAUAUAUUUGCAAAGAAGGUGUUACCAAUUCUAGAGAGAACUAAAGAUAUCUGUGUAAAACAGUUUUUCCAGAUGACUUUAAAAUAUGCCUUAUUCCUAUUAUGUUAAGUUUUAGGUAUUAGGUUGUAAAGUAGCUGAUGAUGUGGGCCUAAAUUUGCCUCAUUCAGACUGAGACUGGGCUACUGAAACUCACUUCCAACUAAUACACGGCCCUAUCAGUUCUGUAUAUGGCAGUGCUUCUCGAUCUGUUUUUAAAAAUAUACAAACUAGUUAAGAGCACUAGCCUUAUCCAAAGGGCCUGAGAACACAACCAGUAUCCCCUAAUCUGUAAAUAAUUGGUAAAGAUAUAAAUAAUUCAGUUUUCAAUGCCUUUCCUUCCAGGAUUAUAUGCUGUGUUUACUUCAGCUUGUUUUGAUGUCUUUAAAAAUCCAUAGAUUGGUUCCUAUGCUGGGAAAUGAUCUCCCACUUUUCCUCAUUGAGGCUUCAUAAACUAACUUUGCCCUUGGCUAAGAGCAGUUACCUGAACCAAAAAGAAUAUUUUUGGACUUGGGAAGCAGUGGGCUCAGUAGGUAGGGUAGAGCUGGCAAGAAGAUGUGAAGGCCCGCGGCAGUUCCAGCCUUCCUUCUCCCUGUGCCCGCACUAGCCUCAGCCUUCUCAGCCCAAAGCUCCAGGCAGCUGCUUCUGGUUGAGCGGAUUACAGGAGAUUUAAAUCUGUUUGCCAUCCCUGUCAUAAAAGAAACGGCACAUUAACUUUCAAACAACUGCAAUUUGCUUUUUUUUUUUUUAACCUAACAAAAAGAAACGGGCUUUGCCAGUAUUAAUGUCAAAAUUCUUGGCAUCCCCCUUCUUCCUUACGUAACCAUGAUUGUGUUUGCAUUUGUUUCUUAUAGAUGUUGAAGAAAGUGCCUUAUUCAAAUUAGUUGUGUGGUUUUACGAAAA